AUGGGUAUGAUUUUUCCAAAUGAAGUUGAAGCAUAUAAUGAUUAUGCGGCUUAUGCAAUUGGCAAAGGAUUUGGAGUGGGGAAGGAUAAGGUGGUUAGAAAUGUUAAAGGAGAAAUAACUCGACGGACGUUUGUGUGUAACUGUGAGGGGUGUUACGCCAGCGUAUCCGAUAAAGAAAGGAAAUAUGACAGGUUUGAAGUUAGAUGCAGCUGUCUUGCUCCUAUCAAAUUUAAGGUGGAUAAUGGUGUGUAUGAAGUUAUAGAGUGUGUUUCUGAGCAUAAUUAUGCACUUAUACCCGAAGGGAAAAAGCAUCCGAUAAGAUGUGGAAGAAUGAUACCCGAUAGCGACAAGGCAGUCUUAGGCGAUAUGGCAAAAUCUAGCAUUAGGGGGACUUCCUCAUUUAAGUUCUUACCAAAUAGAGUAGGAGGAAGCCAAAACUUGAGUUACAACUUGCGUGAUGCUCAAAAUCUCUUGCAGGCAGAAAGAUCCAAUGUUAUAAGUGGGGGGAUUGUCAAAGUCUACUAA